AUGGUUGUCCACUGUGAAUUCCACCGGGGAGCCGGUUUUGACGUUGACCACGAGCGAGCUGAGGCCGACUCCAAACAGAAUGUACAGCAGCGGCGAGCCGAAACAGGCGUGCAGGCCCGUGAGCGCGAGUCCCAAGGACGAGAGCGUGCUGUUGGUGAUGAGGUCGCCGAUCGAGUUGCCCAUGGAGAGCACCGUGAGCCCCAGCACGGACUCGUCGACGCCGUAGAUGGUGCCGGUGUUUUUCAGGAUGUUGACGAUCUCGGAGGCGGCGGCCGUGAUGAGGUUGAGCACGUUGACGAAGCCGACGAGCGCAGAAACGGCCGGGAACAGACGACGGUAGAACGUGUGGCCAAAGGUGCUCAGCACGAGAUUGGCAACGAACAGGACCACCGUCAGUUGCAGCACCUGUGCCGAAAACUCCUGGAGGACGACCAGCGGCGUGAGCAGCAGCUGGAGGUGGAAGAGCCGCACGUUGAGGUCGAAUUCUCUGCGCGAGUUGGCGGGCGUGGGCACGGCGACGUUGAUGCAAAAGGCGAGCGGGAGCGUGGCGAUGUUGAAGAGCGACUCGAACGGCUUGUUGCGCAGGGCCAGCCGGCCGUAGUUGGGGAUCAGCUUGGUUUUCCACGAGACCUCGACGGGCUCUGUGGACAGGAUCGUCGAGAUCGACGCCGCCGACGCGACGGACGACGUUCGCGAGAGCGGUGUUGGUGGCAGCAGCCGGUCGUCAGCAGAGACCGGCGACUGCGGCGUGUCGUCGUCGGCGGGCGUGAUGACGAUGUGCGACGGCACGGGAACCUCGUGCUGCCGCGUCUGGCCUGUCUCGUCGCCCGAGUCGCCGCGGUAGUAGUUGGCUAUAUGUUUGAGGUCGCACGUCCGGAAGGCCAGCUUGAUGGAGUCUGCCAGCGACAGCCGAAAGCUCUGGCCCGUCUCGAGACUCUCGAUGUUCUGCUCGAACGUGUCGACGGCCGUGGCUUCUGUUUCGGCGCUUGUCUGGUCGUGGACCUUGGGCCGCGUGUCGGCAAGCAGCUUAUCGGGACUGAGGAAGCUGAUCAGAAUGUAUGUUGCGUACAGCAGACACAUGGCGAUGCUCUCGGGCAGCUUGAUCUUGCCGUCGACCAGGAAAAGCAGCGACAGCGCCACCAGCGUGAGGAACAGAGCCACAUCCCUGACAAACGAGGUGUAGUCCACGGUGAACGGCCGCACAAUGGCCAUGGUGCCGACCACCACGGUGAGCGCGAAAUUGGCGGACCCAAGCAGCUCGCCGAUGGCCAGGGCCGUGGAAUCGGAGUUCAUGGCGAUCCACGUCGACAGAAUGUCGGGAGAGCCGUUGGCAAAGGCCAGCAGCGUGAGUCCCGACAGCUUCUCGCCCAGAUUGAGCAGUCUGGCCAGAAACGUGAGGUUGGGCGUGAGGUAAUUGGACGCCAGAAACCCAAGCACAAAGAACAGCGUCGAGGUCAGCCCCAUGAACAUGCUCACCACGAGCCACGCAGGCAUGUGCGACAGAAACCCUGA